CGCGGGCGCCAGUUUAGAAGAAAACAAAAAUGUCGGCGCUGUGUUGUGGAUUCCUUCUGCAGACUUCAAUGUUAUUCCUGUUUUUUCGAGUGACCAGACUUGAAAAGGUGAAAAUUGUGGAAGAACCAGCUGUAUACAGGUCUGGAUUGAACAACUAUUAUCAACCGGCUAGCUCUCCCCAAAAUGCAAACAAGCUUAUGGCCAGAGUGAAACCAAGCCCUGUUUUAGGGCCACCCCAUCUCCAUGUUUUGGCUGGAAAGUGCUUUCCCUUAAUAAAUAAUGGGUACAAGUAUGAGUUCUGUCCAUUUCAUAAUGUGACUCAAAAGGAACAAACAGUAAGAUGGAAUGCAUUUGCAGGCAUUCUAGGUGUGUGGAAGGAAUGGGUCAUUGUCAACAACACAUUUCAAGCCAUGCUGUUUGCAAAUGGUGAUAUGUGUCCUGGAGAGAAACCACGGCAGACAAAGGUAUUAUUAAGAUGUGGAGAGCAGAACAAAGUCAUGUCAGUAGUUGAACCUACAAUAUGUCAUUAUGAAUUGAGAUUUGAGACCCCUUUGGCUUGUCCUAUAGAUGCAUUCUUAGUUUAUCCAGUACUCAGUCCAGAAGGCCAGAAAGAAUGGGAACAAAUAGAGGAGGCAUUAUAUCGUGAAGAGCUAACCAUGCAAGGCUACAAGAAAUACAGACGAGCACUCUUCCAGAAGGAAAACCUAAUUCCUCAAGAUGGAACAGAAAAUGAAAAACACAGUGAUAAAAAAAAGGACAAGGAGCCUUUGGUAGGGGCUUUGAGUUCAGAUGCAGGGGAUCAUAAAGCACAGAAGAGCUUUGAUUUUAAUUCUAAAGAAGAGUGUUCUAAGGCUUACAGUGAUAUCUUGGCUGAGGUGCAAAGACUAAGAAAACUUCUAAACAUUAGUUGUUUUGGAAGUAAUGAGAUGAACACAGAUACUCAAACAAACAAAUCCUCUCGCUCAAACCAUAGCCAACAAUGGCCGAACACUGAAACAGGACAAGAAACGCAAAUUUCAGCACAACAGAAGAGAGUGCUGGUUGGGGUGGAAAGAACUGUAAAAGGUGAAACAGGAGUGAGGAGUAAAGAACAGAAAAGCCCAGUGGAAACAGGAGACAAUAAGGCGUUCGUAACUUUAGUAAAGAAUUUGAAAGGUGAUUCAGGAGUGAAUUCCAAUUCAAGUGACAGUAAACAAAGAAAAGGUACAUCUCUUAAAGAAAGUGCUUUGAAAAAAUCACAGGAAAACAAACUAAGGGGCAAGGCUGGAGAAUUUUAGUGUACACGAUAAAGAAUUUACAGACCAGGGGAAAGCGUCACAGUUGUCGUGCAUUACACUGUACUGACUGGUAUGAGGGGAAGAGAUUUAACGACAAGUAGUCAAAGGUGUUGUACGUUUAGGGGCAAGUUUUCAGAGGCUUCACAAAUUUGGGGACAAGUGUUGAGGUGUUGAAGAUUUCAGGACAAGUGGCCAAAGGUAUUAGAGGUGUAGCGACAAGUUGUCAGAGUUGUUGCUAAGCUUCAUGGAGUCCUCAUGAUGUACUGUUUGGUAUGAGAUGCUUGGACUACCCUUGGUGUCAAAGACUCGAGGUGCUCUAGGUGUCAGACGGAGUCGGUUGGGACAUGAGUUGGGAUGACACUUCGAUAAUUUCGAUAAAUUAGGCAAAACAGAAAUGUGAGCGAAGCCAGAGGAUGACUGAAAUAAGGUCGUCAACAAUGUUGUUGCAAAAUAGCUGCUUUGUUGUGAAGGACAGGGUCAGUUGUAAAUUAUUGGAAAAAGGAUCUAGAAGUAGCAAGUAGCAGUCAACAAGGAAGAGAAGGGCAUACCUGUGAUAAUGCGUACAUGUAAUAAAAGGUGGAUAUUCUUUUGAUAUUGAAAGAAAUGAACCCCUUCAUUUAUGUAACCUGGUGAUCUUUUUUUCUUUUUAAGUCUUCUUAAAUGCGGCAGCUUGUAAAGCGUGUAGAGAACUGCUUGUCACCUCCUCCCAACCCCUUUUUUAAAUUUGUGUUUUUAAGUUUAGCCCAGUCUACACUCGAAUGUCGCGUGUUUGAAUUUUAGUUCGCAUGGUGACUCAGAGAAGGAGCUGGUUAAUUUAGCUUUCAACAACUGCUGUCUAAAAGAGGUCUGCCCGAGGUCAUCAGUAAGUCAUUGAAGAUGCAAGUCCAACAAUUUUCGUCCAUUAUCGUAUAUGGAACGGCCCUGAGAUGUAACGGGUCGCCAUUUAGCCCCGCAAUUACGCCGUUUGCAUUGUGGCGAUAAUCUGCUUUCUUUAGACAGAACUGAGCUUUUGCCAUAUGAAUUAGGGCUUAGAACUGAAACUGAACGGUCAUGUCUAGCUGGUGUUGGCGACAUUUGGCCUGUUUGUACCAUUUUAGUCUCUCAAAUAAAGAGUAGACGUUUU